UUGGAUGUUACUUCACUCGCCGCUAGAGGCGCUGAAACGUUGUAAACAAACCGCAUGAAAACGGUAAUCCAGCGUUUGAAAAUGGAAAAUGCCCAAGCUUGAUCAUCACAACCACGAUUUCAUUUUGAGACAAUUGGAAGAAUUCCAUUUUGAGAUUGCUGCAGAAUGUCAAAUUUUUUAACUAGUAUCACACACGAGAUUGCAAGCUACAUAGAAUGCACGGGAACAGUAACGCGAAAUAUUUUCCAAUUCAUUGCGUGGGUUGGAAAAUUGUUGCUGCAAUCCAUAACUUUCAUCAUCGACAACCUUCUCUAUUGUAUGCUCAAUUUUGCUGAUGGCCUUACAGCAGCGAAAAAUGACUUUGUCUUAUUUCUUUGGGAUGUAAAUGAUGUGUAUGAAGCCUUGCUCAAGUUUGUAAGCGAUACUGGAGAUUUCGUUAUCCAUGUAUUUUUAAGUUGCUUGAAUUCCUUUCAGAGAUGUAUGACUCAGAUCCACCUCUUGAUUUAUGCUGUGUUUGAUAGUGUGUUUAACUUCCUGAUCAAUGCCCUCCUCAAUGCUAAAGCCUUAUUGAUACUUAUUGGCGAUGGCACACUGUUCUUAGUACAGCUAGGACCUGUUCUUUUGUUCUCUGUCUUUUGUGGAAUUUCUUCAGCCAUCACUUGGACUUUUCAACUAGUGUGGCACUAUACGUGUCAGAUAGCAAAUGGCAUUCUUACCUGUUUUAAAAGUGUACACUAUGAGCUGAUUGAUAUUCCACCCUCAUCUAUGUUUGGAGUGUUGCUUGCCUUGCUCAUUUCUUUGGUUUUCUUUUACUUUUUGAAGUCCAUUGUGUUUUAUUGGCGAAAGAUGACAACUUUAAUAUCGGAAAAAUCUUGGUUGCAUAUGCCGAAGUUUAGAAGACCAAAUAUGUUGCAACGAAGUGGAAAAGUAGAACAGGACAACUCCUCCAAUAUUCACCUACUCCGCCAAUUGGAACAGGAACGAGAAGACAAAUUGUGUAUUGUUUGUCAUGAUCAUUUGAAGUGUGUCAUUCUACUCCCGUGUCGUCACUUUUGCUUAUGCCAGACCUGCGUGUCAAUCAUACGAGAAACAGAUUCGAGCUGCCCACUGUGCCGUCGUUAUGUAGUCGAUAGUAUGAAAGUAUACACCUGAUUUAUCUUGUAAAAGAAGA